CUGACAGCCUUGUCCAUCAUGUCCAACGUGUUGUUUGCCUGGGCUCUCCUUGCCCUCGUGGGCCUGACAGCCUCCUGUAGUUUCGUCAUACCCCGCAAUGAGUGGAAGGCCCAGGCAUCUGGCUGUUCCACGCCGCUACAGCACCCGGUCCGUUAUGUGGUGAUCUCACACACAGCAGGCAGCUUCUGCGACAGCCCGUCCUCCUGUGAACAGCAGGCCCGCAACGUGCAGCAUUACCACAAGAACAUUCUAGGCUGGUGCGAUGUGGGCUACAACUUCCUCGUUGGAGAUGAUGGUCAUAUCUAUGAAGGCCGAGGCUGGAACAUCAAGGGUGACCACACAGGGCCCACCUGGAACCCCAUAUCUAUCGGCAUCACCUUCAUGGGCAACUACAUGAACCGAGUACCUACAAAGCGGGCCCUCCGUGCUGCCCUCAAUCUUCUGGAAUGUGGGGUGUCUCAGGGCUUCCUGAGAUCCAACUAUGAAGUCAAAGGACACAGGGACGUGCAGAGCACACUCUCUCCAGGUGACCAGCUCUAUGAAAUCAUCCAAGGCUGGCCACACUACCGCGAGUGA